AUGCCUCCUUCAGUUUACUCUCGCCCGCCGCAGCGCGACUCGUGGUUCGCGCCGCUCUCCGUCGACCUCCUCCUCAAAGUCCUCAACAUCACACUCUUCCACCCCUUCAUCUGCUGGCUGAUCCCGCUCUGCCUGCGCGCCCAGACGACCAAGUGGGAGGCGCCGCCCAUGGUUGCGGCCUUUGCCUGGGCCAUCUUCAUCUCGCUGUGCUGGAUCGCCGCCGCCGUCAACCAGUACGUGGCGCAUGGCCCGCCGCGCCAGGUGGACCUGAGCGAGGAGGUGAUUGUCGUGACGGGCGGCGCCAGCGGCUUGGGCAUGCUGAUUGCCGAGGUUUACGGCAUGCGAGGCGCGAGCGUGGCCGUGCUGGACGUCAACCAGAUGGAGCACACCGAGGCGAGGGGCGUCACGUACUACAAGUGCGAUGUGAGCGACAAGGCGCAGGUGGCCAAGGCUGCGGUUGAGAUUGAGAAGGAUCUCGGAACACCUACUGUGCUCAUCAACAACGCCGCCGUUGUGAUUGGAAAAUCCUUGCUCGAUCUGUCCGUCGACGAGAUUGAGACGAGCAUCUCAACGAACCUCCUCGGCCCCUUUUACUGCCUCAAGACCUUCCUCCCAGCCAUCAUCCGCGGCGGCCGCGGCGGCACCAUUGUCAACGUCUCCUCCGUCAUCGGCCACCUGGGCGCCGCGCAGCUCACCGACUACGCCGCCGCAAAGGCCGGCCUCACGGCCCUCCACAAGUCCCUCACGGCCGAGCUGCGCGAGUCUCACCCGGACAUCCGCACCGUCCUCGUCACGCCGGGCCAGCUCAGCACGCCGCUCUUCUACGGGGUGCAGACGCCCAACAGCUUCUUCGCGCCCGUGGUGGAGCCGGUGGACGUGACCAAGGAGAUUGUGGCGGCGAUUGAUGGCGGCAAGGGCGUUACCGCGGCGAUGCCGUUUUACGCGCGGUGGGUGGACGUUUAUAACAUGCUGCCGGUGGGAUUGCAGCUGAUUGCGAGGAGGGUUGCGGGUGUGGAUAAGGGGAUGGAGACGUUUAUUGGCAGGAAGGGAUCUGCUGAGAAGAAGUGA